UUUCCCUCAUCAUCCAGUGCGAAAAGAGUGGUGGUUUGGUGCAAUUAAAGUUAAAAUAGCGAGCAAAAUGGCUGGAAAAUCUAGUGAAGAAGUCGAGCAGCAAAGCUCAGAGAGCUCGGAGCAGAGCAGUAGUCAGAACCAGAUCCAAACGCUUACAGAGCAACCGGGUGCUGCAGCCGAAACGAUCGAUCCGGAAAACCUCAUUAAGCACCCGCUGCAACACACCUGGACACUGUGGUACCUAGAACUGGACCGUUCGAAGUCAUGGGCCGAGUCGAUGAACGAAGUAGCGAGUUUCUCCACCGUCGAGGACUUCUGGAGCCUGUACAAUCACAUCCGUGGACCGUCCGAGAUCAAAGUAGGCACAGAUUACAUGCUGUUCAAGUCGCACAUCCGCCCGAUGUGGGAAGAUGAGGCAAACAAUCGCGGUGGCCGAUGGACGGUCAACAUGAACAAGCAUCUUUCGGACAAGUAUUGGUUGGACACGGCCUUGUGUCUCAUUGGAGAAAGUUUCGAACACUCGGACGACAUCUGUGGCGCAAUUGUAAAUGUUCGCCAAAAGAUCGAUAAAAUUUCUAUCUGGACUGCUAACUUUCAGAACCGAGAGGCGGUGAUGGACAUCGGACGCACCUACAAGGAACGGUUAGGUCUUCGUGCACAGAUCUAUUAUCAGAACCACAAGGACACUAUGAUCAAAUCGGGCUCGUCCACAAAGGCAACUUACUCUGUCUAAUAGAGAAUGCGUAGCUUAUCAUAUUGUACCAUUAUACACCAGGUGUGUGAACGUGAAUGAGGAUAUGCCCCUAUAGGAUGAUGAAAUAGGAGAUGUAUGAGGAUGUGGUGACACUGUGAAAAACCACAGUGUAGUAAGGAAACGAUUUUUUUAUGAACUAGGAUAACGUUAGCUAGCAUCGGCAUGCGAAUUGAAAAAGAAUUUACUAUUCAAAUGAUCACAGAUGGUGAGCAGGAGAUUGGUCGAAAGAAGACCGCGGGAUGGAAUUCGAAUUCACGAGAGAUGGAACGAACGAACUAUUGGCUGUAUAACAUGUCUUUAGGGUUAGCUCGCGAGAAAACAAGAUUUCGACUUUUCCACUCAGAGUGGGGUCAUUCGAAGUUACACAUUUACACGUGUCAGAUUAGUACCACCCAAUCGACUAAAAACCGCCUGUGUUCAAUCAGCAAAUAUCUGCCCCGUCUCCAAUUAAUUGGUUCUUUGCCGUUUCUGCUUGGUUGAGCAGUUCUGAUACUUUCGAUCUUAUGGAUAGCAGUGUAGGAUGCACGUGGGUUGCGUAGCAACGGUUCUUUUUUGCCGUGGAAUGCCCCAUCACGAUUGAAAUGCUCAUUACAAACUGCUUCGCUUGGUUUGCGUAGGUUAAAGGAUUUUGGUUGAAUAUUGUAAAACAGCAUCAACAAAGUUCUCCUUGGUUGUCGUUGUGGUGCUUUGCUUGUGGGAAGGAAACGUACUAGACGGUGAAUUGCACGCAUCGAUUAGAGAGUAGGGCAAAGCACAGCACUUUCGCCCGUAUACACGCUUCCUUGCACACGUGUAAUGAGUUUUGCGCUGGAUCGUAUUGAUAUCUAGGGCAUACCAGGGAAUGGAUUUGUGCGCUCUUUAUAUGACCACAUGUAUAAUGGAAUUAUCUACUAAUUAUGGCUACCUUUUAUGCAUACAUUGAUUAUAAACCUCCCCCAUAUACAUAAAUAGAAACGGCUGCUGUUGCUGAUUGAUUAAUUUGUAAUACCAACUAUAUUACUUUUUUAUGUUAAUGCAAAUUGUAUCGUAAAUUAUUCAGUAAAAAAAAUCGUUACAGAAAUAAAGAACUUGAAAUAAAUAUCCUUGGUAGUGUUA